GUUUUUAAGUGUAUAUUAGGAGUGAAACAAAAUUAAUAUUGACGUGCAGAUAAUACUGCAGUCACCAUACGCUUAUUACAGCAAGGAAAGAAAAGCUGGAUUAAAGUUUUUUUCUUAGGAAUUUUAGAUAUCCGAGAAUCUAAUUAAGAUUCAUAUAUUAUCCAGGAUGAUUGUAUGGUAUGCCAUGAGAUUAGGGCUCUCAGUCGCUAUGCUGGCAGGAAUAAGAUUCCAAGACUUUGUUGAAGCAGAAAAAUUUGAUUUUUUCACAUUUUCAUUACAAUGGCCAGUUACGUUUUGCCGCGUUAUUAAAGCGGGGUGUAAAAUGUCUUCUAUGCCGAAUUUUUGGACAAUCCAUGGAUUAUGGCCAUCAAAUUUUACUGGUGCAAAUCCAAGAAAGUGUAGUGACUUUUUUGACGUGUCGCAGAUUCCCAAGGAUGUGAUUACAGAAAUGAAUGAAAAAUGGCCAAACCUUAUCAUAAAUGAACCCAAUGAAAAGUUCUGGUCUACGCAAUGGAAAGUGCAUGGAUCUUGUGCAGAAAGUGUUCCGGGCGUGCAGAAUAUCAGCCAAUACUUUACAAAAGCUGUGAAAUUGGCUGAGAUGUAUAACAUAAAGGAAAUCCUACGAAGUAUGAAUGUUACUGAAGGAAAAAAUUACACAAUUUCAUCUAUCCAGGACGCCCUGAAACGUAACACAACUCGUCUCAGCAGUAUCACAUGGUCUAAAUCCAAGUGUGCUCGGAACUGGUUGUUUGAAAUUCGGAUAUGCUUCGACAAACAGUUUGGAGUGAUCAACUGUCCCAAUGUAACCAAAUCAACACUUAUAUUGAAAUACCCGAACAAAGACCUGCACUCACCACAAGCUUUGAGAUGCGAUCCGCCAUCGACUGGACAUUCCAGAGGCCAUCUGUUAUCACCAUUUGUUUUCAUAGCAUUUCUCUCCUUCCUGCCAAGUAUUUUGUAGCCUAAAAGACGUUUUCUGGAUCAAGCUUUUUUGUAUCAUCGUAGUCUUUUUAAAUCUUAAGCUUGUGCAUCUUUUUAUUUUAAUCAAAAAAUACAUAAUAUUACUCUA